AUGUCCCAGUCCGAGUCCUCCAAGUCCUCCAAGUUCUCCAGGCCUUCCAAGUUCUCCAGCUCCUCCAAAUUCUCGAAGUCCUCCAAAUUCUCUAAGUCCUCGAUGUCAAUCAGCUACUCGACCAGUGAUUCAACAGCCGAUGGCCAAAGGACCGGAAAGUCAAUAACAAAAGAACGCCAAACUGAUGACUCUGGUAGAACAGAAACUAAGACUACUCAAGAUCUCAGAGAGCCAGAAGUCAGGGAGACUCAUCGUUACGACAAGCAGGGCCGUGAGCUACCGCCUGGUAUUGACAAUUCCACUCAGCAACAGCAACAACAGGUCAAGGAUCCCAGCGACGGGAAGCAAGCAGAGCGCGAUAAGAAGUAUGAAGAGCGUAUGGAGGAUGAGUACGCUAAGCGGGAAGGCGGUGCUUGA